AUGUCUAAAUACAACAUUCAGGAAUUUGAAUCCAAUUUUGACACUGCUUUUGUUGAUUUCUUUAAUCAAAAAGGAUAUAAGCAGUCUUACUUUGUUGAUAAUAUUCGAUUUCUCUUUGGUUUCGGCUGUGUCAUUCCCGCUGCGAUUGCAUUUGGCUUGGAGCAACUCCAUGAUUUCUCAAAGUUAAAGGAGCAUCUUUUGAGUCUUUUACUAGUCUACUUUGCCUUUUCCGGGCUUUUAACUUGGUGGAUAUCCUUUGUGAAGGGAAACCGAAUUUAUACGGGUACAAGUCCUGACCAAAAAAUAUCAAUCGACGCAGAGACUACCCUUCCCUUGAAACCAAAUCCUCAUUUAGAUUUGACAAUAAGGGUAAAAAGAAACAAAAAAACUGUUCCAAUAGCUCAUAAGCUUUCUAUAUCAGUUGCCGACAUAUUUGACGAAGAAGGACAAAUAUCCCAAGACGCUUUUUCAAAACAAAUUUCGAGCUUCUACAAAUCUUAUAUUGAAAACGAGUAA